AUGAGGGUCAACAAACAGAAGACAUGUGUGCUCGGGGCAAAAUUUCUCGCUCCUCCUCCAAAGUUAGUGGUCGGCUGUUCCAUCGCCAAGUUAUUCAAUCCAGACGUUAUAUUGUAUGGUUGCUGCAUGGGUGCUCAGCAAGUGCAGAUUCUCAUUCCAUGUUCCUGCACUGUACUCGUGCUCGUUCUGCUGUUCCAAAAUAUUCGUGAACCAAAUGUUAGUGAUCGUAUUCGUGAUGGAAAGCUCGGUCGUCGUCAACAGUUCAUUCCUCUGUUAUAG